UGUUACUGAGCACCUCUGUCUGAAGCCUAACUUUAUUAUUUAUUUAUUUAUUAUUUAUUUGUUUGUUUGUUUACACUGACCUGAAGCCCUGAUGGCUGUGAUGCUGGUGCGUGUGUGCGUCACUGUGGCGCUUCUUUUUUCUGUUCUGGGAAGUCAAGCGUUGGACCUGCUGAGAGCCACCGCCACAUCAGGAGAUCCGCCCCCCACUCCCAUGGUGCACUGCUGGUGUUCCAGCUAUCCUAAUGUGACGCUCUGCUCCUGGCCUCAGCCCUCCCACUCCCCUCCAACUCAUUAUAUCGCCACCUACAGUGAGAGGCACAGACACACAAGCACCAAGCURUGUCAUCUCAUCCCACCUGGAUCUUCAUCGUCAGCUCUGACCUCAUCACCAUCAUCAUCCUCCCAGCAGCUCUGGCACUGUCACCUGCCCGACCUGAAGCUUCUCACUGAUUACAUCAUCAACAUCACAGCAGUUCAUUCUGCCGGGAGCAGCUCUCACCUCACAAGCUUCAUGCUGGAGGACAUCGUGAAACCAGAUCCUCCGGUUGAUGUCCGGGUUUCCCCUCAUAAUGCUAAGAACCUGUUGGUGCAGUGGUCCUCUCCUCCGACGUGGACAAGUCUGGACAUCUUCCCCCUCAAGUACCAGAUCCGGUACCAGUGGGAAAACCGGGGCAUCCCGCAGUCUGUCAAUCUGGGUCCGUUUGAGAACACCAAGGCGGAUCUGAAGGGUCUGAUGCCAGGGAGGGUCUACCAGUUCCAGGUGUGUGCUAAAGAUAUGCUGGGUUUGGGACGAUGCAGCGACUGGAGCUCACCUGUAACAAUCACUGUACCAAAAACAAAACCCUAAAGACUUUUGUUCAUUUUCUUUUUUAAUGUAAACAAGUAAAGCUAGCCUGGAGGAAAAUAUGUAAAUAUAUAUAAUAUAUAAAUGUAUUUGCAAUACAUACAAACCAAGUUUGAGUUGUCUGUAAUUUUUUUCUUUAUAAAUACAUCUGUGGAUGUUAUUUGUGCAAAACCUGUCACGUCACUUAAAACUGUUGUUGUUAAGGUGCUAAUUUAUUAAAGUGUACUUUAGUAUUAUCAUGUAAAAAAACUGAAUAAAAUGUUAACUGUCAGUCAGUCACAUGAACCAUAAGUGGAGCAAUAAACUCUGAAUGUCUGA